AUGAAUGCACUACGAUUAAUCUUCGUUUUCGGAUUGAUGGCCGAAUCCACCGUCGCCUGGUCUCCUGCCAAGCAACAAUAUUUUCGCCAAGAAACUGGACUUGCCAUGAGUGGAAGUCUACAUGGACAAGAUUCUUGUUUUCUGCCAUUGAAGCAAUUGGAUCAGGAUUAUUUUGCUCCCAGAAUCAUUCAGAUUGCUGGAGCUUAUCCUGGAUUGACCAAGGAAGAAUUCAUGGCAGUAUCGUCAGAGCCAGCAGCUCCAGAGGGUCAAUGGACGUAUGACUUUAGCGAUCCUGAUGGUCCCCAACUUGGAACAGUUGCCUUGGAUGGAGGAUCGGUAGUCGCCGCCUGCGAGGACCCAGUUGCUAUUAUUGCCGAACACACAUCUCUAGCCGUUCCGCUUCCUGAUGCUAUUACCGAACCAGUCGAUUUGAUUGUCCUUGUGGACAGAGCUGCCACCCACUUUGCAGAGCGCAGAUUCCUGUUGAUAGAAGAAAACGGCGAGCUCGUAAUCGGUGCUUUUGAGACGAAACAGGAUCUUCCUGCUGGCUGUGAGAUUCUGGGUCAAGUUCAAUUAUGCCAAAUCCCAUGGCUGCCAAGCAUGAAGAAGACCAAGACUGGAUUCAUGGAGGUGGAUGAAUAUUUCUAA